UGUAUGAUAACACUGAGAACCGAACACAUGGCAGGUAGAGUAUAAGAGCUCUGAUUGAACACAGCUCUUCUGUAGUCAGACACUAGACGGGAUCAUGAGGGUCUGCUUAGCACUUUUUACCAUUUUUGUGGCAGCAUAUUGCCGUAAAGUCUUCACUGGAGACCAGGUUCUUCGAAUUAAUGCAAAAUCUGAGGAACAAAUCCAGCUGUUGAAGGAGCUGGAGAACACAGAAGUGUCAGAGCUGGACUUCUGGACUCAUCCUGUCUCCAGUGACCUUCCGGUGGACAUCCAUGUGCCAUACGCCAGUCUGUACGCUGUCCGGAAAUUCCUUCAGGAUAAAGAGAUCCCCUUCCAUGUUAUGAUCGAGGAUUUGCAGGAACUCCUGGAUAAGGAGCAGGAAGAUUUACAGCGCAGCGCCAUGAGGGGUGGAGAUGCGAAGAGCUUCGACUACGCGGCAUACCACCAGCUUGAGACAAUCUACAGUUGGAUGGACAGCAUGGUGGCUGGUCAUCCCAAUUUGAUCUCCAAAGUGCAUAUUGGAAGUUCUUAUGAGAACCGUCCCAUGUACGUGCUAAAGUUUAGCACGGGGGGAAGCAACAGGCCUGCAAUCUGGGUUGAUGCUGGAAUACACUCCAGAGAGUGGAUCUCGACCGCCUCUGCUGUGUGGAUGGCUAACAAGCUGGCUACAGAUUUCGGCGUUGAUCCUUCUGUGACUGCUCUUCUGGGACAAAUGGACAUCUAUCUGAUGGUCGUGACCAACCCUGACGGCUACGCCUACACCCAUACCAACGACCGCAUGUGGCGCAAGACUCGCGCCGUCAACCCCGGUUCCUUGUGCCGAGGUGUCGAUCCCAACAGAAACUGGGAUGCUGGCUUUGGUGGCCCUGGUGCUAGUAAGAACCCGUGCUCCGACUCCUACCAUGGACCUUCCGCACACUCCGCCAUCGAAGUGAACAACAUCGUGAACCUCAUCAGGAACCACGGCAACUUCAAGUCCUUUAUCUCCAUCCACGCCUACUCCCAGCUGCUCAUGUACCCGUAUGGAUACAUCUGCACUGACAUCCCUGACCAGGCUGAACUCCAUUCUGUGGGUCAACGUGCAGUACAGGCCCUCAGCUCUUUGUAUGGAACCAGCUACAAAGUUGGAAGUAUUUGCAAAAUCAUCUAUCAAGCUAGCGGUGGAAGCAUUGACUGGAGUUACAACGUCGGUAUCAAAUACUCCUUUGCCUUCGAGCUGCGUGACACCGGUCGCUACGGCUUCCUCCUCCCGGCCAAUCAGAUCAUUCCGACUGCCAACGAGACCUGGCUGGCUCUUAAGUACGUCAUGGAAUAUGCACGUGAUCAUCCUUAUUAGGACAAUAACUCAAGUGAAACUAAAAAUAAAGUCAAUUUCUUGCUUCAAAGGACAACUGAGAUGUUGCUAAUAUAAAAAUAAUAUUUUUAGCAUAUUGUGUAAUGUUGUUUUAUGUACUUUCUCCUAUAACCUGAAUUUGACUUAAUUAAUUAAUUAAUUUGACUUGAAUUAAUCCUUAAUUUUUUUUAUUAUGUGUUACACAAAAACAUCGCACAAACAUAACCAAACACCAACGCAGUGCUUGAUAUCUGUCCAAAUUUGAUAACGUUUAAUCUUAACUGUUGACUUAAAAAUUUUAAAGGAUAUUAAUAUACAUCAUUUUUAUAUAAAAUAUUGUAUUAACAAUACACCCCUAAGCAUUUUUCUAUCAUUUGUCAAUAUUAAUUGCAAAAUUUUACCAUUCGAAUUUGUCAAAUUUUCAAUCACUCUAAAAAAAUGUGUAUUUUCUUUAAAAAAAAAUAAAAUAAAAGGUUUUUGCCUGAUUAGCUUUA